GCCAGAGAUGCUGCGAAACAUCCAACAGUGUACAGGAGAGCCCCCCACAACAAAGAAUUAUCCAGCCCAAGACGUCAAUAGUGCUGCUUUUCUAGAGAAAUAAAGAUGACGUCACACAAGUAUUUAUUGAGCACUUACUAUUUUCUCUCUAAUGUAUGACAUAUAUAGUCAUGAAAGUAUAAAUCAUGAUAUCUUCCACAGCGAGAUUUCUUUAAGUAUAUGGAAGGAGUAGUGCUGUUAUGUUUCAUCAUAUAUAAAUUAGAAUGAUUGCCAAAGGAUAAAUGUUCUGAAAGAACAUAUAUUUGUCUUCUUUUGCUUGUGUCUUUUUUUUUUUUUUUUUCUAGAAAUCUAGGUUGCAAUUUACUCACAGACCUGAGCUUUGGAAAGUUUCAGGCCUGGCAUGGAAUGCAGUUUUUACAUAAGUUGUAAGUGAAAUAGAAGAUGAAUACAUGUAAAAAAAAUUAUAUGUGAAAACAUCAUACAGUUAUUGGUUAGCUGGGUGUAAGCCCAGUAUGAAUUCUGGAAAGUAUGUCUUGAGAUCCAUUUUUUGUUUUUCAAAUGAGGAAACUAAGAUACAAAGAGGACAAGAGACUUUUCUAACUCAUGUACCUCAAAUGCUCUGCUUUCCAUAGUACUGAUCUUUGGCGCGGGCAAUCGAAGGCACCAAGUGAAAACACUCAAAUUAGCAUUGUCAUGGAAUCCCAGUGCUGCUGCUUCAAUAUGCGAAUGGUCCGUGAAAUGCCAUGUUUGAAUUUACACUGAUUUCCUGGUCAAGUGCAGAGUUCCACACUGCUUCAAGUGUAUGCAACACAGAGCUGCAAAGAACUAAGUUUAGCACAGAAUUCUUCAGGGAGCAAGAGGUGUGGGUGCUUCCUCAACCAUUAUUCACUUCUUUUAAAUGAUGAAGCAGAAAGAAUUUGUCAACACCCACCACAGGGCUCUCCCCAGUCUCCCAGAACAUUAUUUUUCAAAAAGCAUGUACCUCUGAAGUGAAUUAUCUGUGGCCAAUAAGAACUUUUGAGGUAUGGAAAAAGUUGUUUGUGUUCAGCUGUAGUGUGAAAAGUAUAAAGAAAAUACAUUACUGUAGCCUGAUUCUAUAUGCAGUACUUUCUUUCCUGACUAGUCUUCAAUAAGAAAUGUGGGUUUUAGACCCCUUCAGCUGAAAAAUUCUGUGAUUUCUCUGUGACACAAGCAAAUCAUAGUGGGUAUGUUCAAUGGCCUGAAGAGGAUUUUAGAGAUUCAAGGUAAAGAGCCUCCUCUCCACCUGGCUUUGGAAAAGACUCUCUUACCUGUGUUGACUUAAAAAAAAUGCACAAUGUGAGAGUUUCGAGUUUAAUUUUAUUUGGGGCAAAAUGAGGACUGGGUUGCAAAAGAAGAGCUUGGAGACAGCAUCCCAGAUGGCUCUGAGAAACUGUUCCAGUGAGGUAGGGGGGAAGCUCAGUAUAUAUGUGGUUUUGGUGAAAGAAAAACAUGCAAUCAAGCACAUAGUGUUUACAGAAGUCACUGCUAGUCUCGUGCCGGUUACAGCUAGUCACAAGGAGCAGUCGUCACCAUGAAGGAUUUUAGUGUUUUUCUAGAUAUGAGGAGAUACAAGAAUUGGGCCUGUAAAGUUGGCUCCUGAAAAUAUCUAACUAUCUAAAGAGGGGUCCUGGCAGUUUUCACAGAGCACAGAGGGCCUCAUUUCAGCUCUCCACUCUGAACACCUUUCAGGGAGCUGUUGGCAGUCAGAAGCUGCAGCAGCACAUGAUUGAAUCUUUGUAGCGAUAGAUGGGAAAUGCCAAUGGCGAGUGCCAAUUGUAGUUGACAGCUCUCUUGUGGUUCAGAAAUCCGAUGUCACACCGUUCACUUCAGGUUAAUGAAGGUGCUGAGGGCGUGUCUGGAGCUCAGGUAAACAGUUCCCGCAGAUGCCAAUCUGUGGCGGCCUCCUUCUUCCCCUCAUUAGCAACCAGCAGUGGUUGCUAAUCCUCAAUGUGAAGUAUACUUUUUUUCCUGACUUUUAAGUGCUUCUCCUUCAUUCACCUACACAGGUCCAGACUGAUGGCUUAUUUUUGUAAAUUCUUUUCAUCGCUUCGUCGGUUUUAACAAUACAAGUUCCAUGACUUUAGAAAACUAAAGGAAUCUACAGUGUCCAAAGAGUACAGAGUACAUUCACAUGCUGGCUUGUCUAUGGUACAUCGAUAUUUUGAUAUUUUGAGCUUCCUCCUGAAACUUAGAUAAGAGCAAUUUGUUUCCAUUUGAGGGAGGGGCAGAUGUAUGAUUCUGGAGCAACCUUGGUAAUAGCUGUCUUUUGGCUCCACACCAAAGAAGAGGCGAACCCAGACCAGAUGCUGGCGCUGCCUCAUCACGAGUUGACUGAGACUUUGGUUCCACACCCAAACCCGGAUUCAGCUGCAGAGCUGCUCGCAGGGCCAGAUCAGUUUGCUGUUCCACAUCAGGAUCUGAAUGACAAGCUAACCCAGCAGCAAAAGCUCCCAGCAGCGGCUCCAGUGCUGGACUGGGAACAGAAUCAGGCCUUGGUUCUGCCUUUUCGACGCAAAAGUAAGACUAAAACCAUAGGUCCAGAUCAGGCUGAAGGUCACCAGUUAUUUGAAAUACUUGUUCCUCCUCUAGGUAGUAAGAGCUCAAAACCAACGAAGUUCAUUGAUUCAGCCCCAAACCUGAAGAAGGAUUUCAUUCACCAUCGACAGCUUGCUAAAAUUGUUGUUGGAAGUACAGGCCAGUUAGAAAAUGAAACUCAGGGUCUAGAACAACAGUUGCAGGGUGAUUAUGUAGCUUCCGGUAUGGAUACCAUUUAUCCUGAGGAGAGCCUGCCUACAGAUUUUCUGGGGAACUCAGAGCAACCCCUGGAGCCCCCUAAGGAGGCUGAAAUUUCUGCAUCCCAGCAAGAGGCCCAACUUCGUCAUCCAGAGACCCCCGAGGAGGUUGAAUCUUUUUCACCCCAGGCAGAGGUCCAGGAUGAAACUGCAGAGCCCACUGAAGAGGUAGAAUCACCUCCACUCCAGCAGGAGCCUCCGUCUCAGCCUCUAGAGCUCCCUCAGGCGUUUGAACCUUCCCUACUCCAUCAAGAGGCCCCGACUCAAGCUCUAGGAUACCCCACCGAGUAUGUACUUGAAAGUCCAGUGAGUGAUGAGGCAGCAUCCCUAGCUGGCAUUCAGCAUCACGCGCAUUCAAACGUUCCCAGUGUCACACUUAAACCUCUGGAUUUGGAACUGACCAUCACUCCAGAGCCCACUACGGAAGCUGAGUUUCCUACAGCUCAGCAGGAGUCCCUGACUUCACCUCCUGAGCAUCCUGAGGAGACAGAAUCUUCUGCAACCCAGCAGGAGAGCCCAGGUCAGCCUCUAGAGCCUCUUGCAGAAGCUGAGCCUUCUCCAAGUGAACAGGGGCAACCAACGCAGCCUUCUGAGCUUAGUGAGGAAGCUGAACCCUUUCCAACCCAGCAUGAGACCCCAGCUCAGCCUGCAGAGUCUGUUGGAGAAGCUGAAACUUCUCCAACUCAGGAGGAAGCCUCAGCUCCGUUUCCAGCAGAGACAGAACCUUUUGCAAUGCUGCAGGAGCAACCAGCUCAGCCUCCAGAGCCUUCUGAUGAAGCUCAGCUUCUGCAGCGGCCCACUGUCACUGUUAAACCUGUGGAUCUUGCACUUGCCAUAACUCCAGCAUUCACUAAUGAGGUUGAAAGUUCUCCAUCCCAACAAGAAGCCUCAGCCCAGUUCACAGUGUCCCCUGAGCAGGUGAAACCUUUGUCAGUGCAGGAAGAGGUUUCAGAUCCGCAUCCAACCGCCUCUGAAAAUGUUGAACCUUCUCCAGUCCAGCAGGAGCCCCCAACUCAACCUCCAGAGGCCUCUACAGAUGUUGCAGCUCCACCUUCACUACCUAAUGAAGUGACAGGCUCACCUCUAAGUCCAGGUGAAGCUCAACAUCCAGUGCUGCCUAAUAUCACAGUUAAACCCUUGGAUCUGGCAGUUGUCUUAAGUGUAGAGCCCACUGAAGAGGUGGAACAUCCCGCAGUGCAGCAGGAGGCCCCUGCUGAGUCUCCGGUUCCCCAGGGGGGCUCAGAUAUAUCUCCUGAGCCCCCUAAGGAGGUGGUACCUUCUGCCACACAACAGGAGCUUCAGGCUCAGGCAUCAGAGCCCCCUACAGAGGUGGAACCAUUGCGAGUCCAGCCUACCACAGAGGCUGAACGUUCCACAGUCCUGCAGCAGAGUGCAGUUCCAGCAGCAUAUCCCGAAGUGACAAUUGCAAGUCCAGAGCAGGUUCAGCUUCCACAUCCAACCUUGACUGAGGUCACAGUUCAACCUUUGGACCUGGAAAUUACGUUAACACCUGAAUCCAGUAUGGAGGCUGAACCUUCUCCAACCACGCGGCAGCCCCAAGCUCAGCCUCCAGAGGCAGUUGUAGCUCAGUCUCCAUCGCAUCCCGAGGUGCUGGUUCCAGCACCAGAUCAGGCUCAUGCUGAGCCUCCAACAUCACCCAGGGUCACAGUGAAACCUUUGGACCUGGGACUUACCAUAACUUCAGAGCCUGCUAUGGAGUCUGGAUAUUCUACAGCCGUGCUGCAAACUCCAGCCCCACCUCCCAAACACCCUGAGGUGACGCUUGCACAGCCAACCCUGCCUCAAGUCACAGUUCCACCUGUGGACCUGGGAGGUACCAUUUCUCAGCAACCAAGUCCAUCUGAGACAGUUCUUUUUCCUUCAUCUCAGCUUUCAGUAUCCACAGGUCUUCCUGAUGUAAACUAUACCCCAAAAAAGAAGCAAGCAGAACAGAAUGCCAUCACGAACAUCAAUGUAUGUGAGCUCUGUACCUGCAAAGAUGAGACGCUGUCCUGCGUGGGUCUCAGCCCCAAGCAGAAGCUCCACAGAGUGCCUGAGCCACAGCCCAACACCUACAAGAGCAUCUUCACCACCGUAAAUUUCCAAGGAAACUCUAUUUCUCACAUUGAUGAAAAUGUAUGGAAGGCAUACCGUUGGACUGAGACACUGAUCCUCAGUGACAAUCAUUUGACUGAAUUACAUAAGGACUCCUUUAAAGGCUUGCUAUCCCUCCGGUAUUUAAUUCUCAAUCGUAAUCCUUUGACAACAGUUGAAGAUUCUUACCUUUUUAAAUUGCCAGCGUUAAAAUAUUUAGACAUGGGAAGAACACACGUGUCACUUACAACAGUUGAAAGCAUCCUGAUGAUGAACCUUGAAUUGGAGAAACUGAUCUUACCCAGCCGCAUGGCCUGCUGCCUCUGCCAAUUUAAAAAUACAGUUGAAGUUGUCUGUAAGACAGUCAAGCUGCGUUGCGAUGGUGAAUGCCUGACAAAUGCCGCACCUUGUGAUGAAGAAGCAUCUCUAGGGAAUGCAGAAGGAUCGUUCAUGAAGGUGUUACAAGCCCGGAAGAAGAACAACAGCACCGAGCUGACUAUUGAGCCAGAGAGGGCAUCCUCAGACCAAAGUGCUGUCAGCUUGUCAACCUUCAUGAAUGAGCAGCUGGACUCGAAUGCUGAAAGUGAUGUUAUCGGUGCACUAAACUACAUACUGCCUUAUUUCUCAGAGGGAAAUCUACGAGAUGUGGAAUCAACAUUAUUACCAGUCAUUCAGCUUCUUUUUCCAAAUGUACAAGAUGCAGAUACGCUGCUGGGCCAUUUGAAAAACAAUAUAAGGAACCCUUCCAUCAACCCUAUACCCAACAAUUCAGCUGAUAAAAAUAAAUUGAGGAAAGUCUAUUUUCUGGAAAAUUUGUUAGAUGCAGAAAUUCAAGAACAAAGUGAUGAGAUUAAAAAGAAAGAAAAAACUGCCAUGCUCAUACAUUCCAAACCUUUAGGUCCCAAAUUGAAGCACCAAAUCUUUCAAAAGAAAUUGGAAACUGCCGAACCACAGGAAAACAGCCUAGCAAAGACUGAGAGUGUAGGGGAAAGGCUGCUGAGAGGGAACAGCAUCCUCAAGGACCCAAGGGGCAUAAAGAAAAGGCACUUCAAAGCAGUGGGAGAUGAGAGCGUCAGGAGGAAACAGAAUGCCCAGCCAUUUGUGGAGAACACUGCCAGAGAAAGAAGUCUCACGAGCCCAUCCCCAGCAGAGCUGGAACAGCUUCACAUGGUGCAGAGGCCCCAGGAGUUAGUGGGAAACUCCUUCACCACAGAGCCUGCAUUCAUAAAGGAAGAUAAGGCAGCAGCCUCUUCUUUCCUGAAACAGUAUUCAAGGGGCAGGCUUUCUGGCUCCAUCCCUCCAAACUCCCCAUCUCAGGUUAAAAAGAAAUCAAAAGACUUACCCUCCACUAUUGCUGUUUUAGAAGAUGCAUAUGCUAGAGUUAUAAAUCUGAAGACUUCUCAACUAAUCUCACAUUCCGGGAAAAAAUACAUCUUCCAUAAAAUUCAGUCUGGUCUGGUCCAGAGAAGACCCAAAGCCGAAUUGCGUGGAAAGUUCACAGAGAAAGGUUCUCCCAGUAGAAUGAUGCUUGUGAGGCGUCCUUUCUCAGCAGUGAGAAGCCUCAUAAAUUCCCCUCCAAGAGAGGCUUUUUCAUCUUCAGGAGAACUGACUUCUCAAGAAAAUCCUUUUCCAGAAUUAUUUUCUCUUGCAGACCCUUCUACAGAGAAGCCUACUCCAGAAAGCAAUACUGCACAAAAUGUCUUUGAAGAAAUUACAAACUCUAUUCUGCCAGGAGGAACCGGCCCUGGAAUCACUGCCCAUAAGAGUGUCCCCACGGCACAUUCUGCUGUUGCUGCAGACAACUUUAUCCCAACUGUUCAACACACCAACGAAGCACAGUGGGAGGACCACAGCGUGGGCACUGAAUUAUCCUCUAAGCCCCCAGGCUCCACGUUCCCAGCACUCACAUCCCCGGGUGAUCAAUUUGAAGCUCAGCUAAACCAGCAGCUAUCAUCCCUCAUCCCCAACAAUAAUGUGAGAGGGCUCAUUUCUCAUGUUACCCGGACUUUGAAAAUGGACUGCUUGGAGACCCACGUGCAGCUGGCCUGUGCCAAGCUCAUCUCCAGCACAGGCCUCCUGAUGAAGCUCCUCAGUGAGCAGCAACAAGUAAAGGCAUCGAAGGCAGAAUGGGAUACGGACCCGUGGAAAACCGAGAACUAUAUCAGUGAGAGCGCAGGAGCCCAGGGUGAACAGAAGGAGCAGGAGCCCAGUGAGGUGAGGAUGAGCCCUGAAACACGGGAGCUGCACGUGUACUCAGUGUAG